AAAACCCUUUGUUAAUAUUUGGCUUUUGCCGGAAGUGGUUUUCGUAUCGGCGGAGGCAUAAUCCUUUGAAGGCGAGUUACCUACUUCCUUUUACCAGUGGCCGCCAUAGCGUGUGGAGCGUGGUUCCCGGCGAGCCGAAAUUUAAAUUACGAUAAUGGCCUGUGCCCGACCCUUAAUCUCGGUUUACUCCGAGAAAGGAGACGCCUCAGGCAAAAAUGUUGUCCUGCCUGCAGUGUUCAGGGCUCCCAUUCGCCCCGAUAUUGUGAACUUUGUGCAUACUAACAUGCGCAAGAACAACCGUCAGCCCUAUGCAGUUAGUGAGCUGGCAGGCCACCAGACCAGUGCCGAGUCCUGGGGUACCGGAAGAGCUGUGGCCCGUAUCCCUCGUGUGAGGGGUGGUGGUACUCACCGUUCAGGCCAGGGUGCCUUUGGAAACAUGUGUCGCGGAGGACGCAUGUUUGCCCCCACCAAGACCUGGCGUCGUUGGCACCGCAAGAUCAACACAAACCAGAAGCGUUAUGCCAUCUGCUCUGCGCUGGCUGCUUCUGCCAUCCCCGCCCUCAUCAUGUCCAAAGGACAUCGUGUUGAAGAGAUCCCAGAGGUCCCUCUGGUGGUUGAAGACAAAGUUGAGGGCUACAAGAAGACCAAGGAGGCGGUGCUCCUGCUUAAGAAGCUUAAAGCUUGGAACGACAUCAAGAAGGUCUACUCCUCUCAGCGCAUGCGUGCCGGUAAAGGUAAAAUGAGGAACCGUAGACGCAUUCAACGCAGAGGGCCUGUUAUCAUCUAUAAUCAAGAUUCGGGCGUCACCAGGGCAUUCAGAAAUAUUCCUGGCAUCACUCUGCAGAAUGUGAACAGGCUGAACCUACUUAGAAUUGCCCCCGGUGGUCACGUGGGUCGCUUCUGCAUUUGGACUGAGAGCGCUUUCCGCAAACUGGAUUCUUUGUACGGCACCUGGCGCAAACGUUCCACCCUCAAGGCCAACUACAACCUGCCAAUGCACAAGAUGACCAACACGGACCUGAGCAGGAUUCUGAAGAGUGAAGUGAUCCGGAAAGCUCUUCGUGCACCCAGUAAGAAGAUCAACCGCAGAGUCUUGAAGAAGAACCCUCUGAAGAACAUGAGAAUAAUGUUCAAACUGAACCCGUACGCCAAGACGUUCAGGCGUCAAGCCAUUCUCAAGCAUGACCCGAAGAUAAAGGCUAAGAUGCUGAAACCCAAGAGGAAGCCUAAAAAGAAGGGAGUCCCCAAGAAAAUCAAGGCUGCAGCGCUUCAUUGAACAAUAAAUACAUUUGGUUCCAAUGAGCGGUCAGGCUUAUCUUGAACAAUAUACGCUAGAACUAAAUACAACCGAAAGUUCUGUGGUUAAAGUGCUUGACAGAAAUGCAAUUCCAAAUAAAGAACAUUUAAACGGUA